AUGUCUGGAGGCAAGAAAAGGGUGCAUAACAGUGACCACUCGGGACACAACAAAAAUAGAAGUGUCAAACGUGGGAGAACUGAGUUGAGAACAGUGACUCGAACUGCUCAAAGACCAAGACGAGAUGGCCCAAAAACAAACCACUCGAUUAACAAAACCGACAAUGGCGGUGCAUUUGAAGCCCAGAGUGAAAGUGAAAAAGAAGAAUUGUCGGAAGAAGAAGAGGAUCUCAGUGGGAAAGCAUACUCUGCAUUGUUGAUGCUACUAAAGUCAAAAAACAAGGACAAAUCCACUUCUGAACCAAAAGAAGAUGAGGUUGUGCAAGAAGAGAGUCAACAGCCAGAUUCGGAAGCAGAUGACGAAGAACUUGCAGGAGAAAACUUUGACGAGGACCACGAAGAAUCAGAUGAUGAUGAUGAAGAAAAUGACGAAGAAGAUUCACCAGCAGAGUUGGCAGCUGACCCAUUUGAAGCCCACUUCAAUCAGCCUAGCGAUGAGUAUUUAGAAAAGGAGGAACAGUUGGUGAUUAAAGAACACAACAAGUGGAAUAUACUGUCAAAAGCAACAUUUGAAGACUUGUCAUUGAGUUCAACAACAUUGACACCUCCAGGGGAAGCCAUAAUCAAUGUAAAUAACAAAACGCCAUCCAACGUUAAAAAGUUCCAUUUAUUGAAAAUGAGGGUCAUGGACGCAUAUAUCAAUGAAUUUGGUGAAGAUUUCACCAAAUUGGAUUCUAUUCUACUUCAACCACUCUUGAACUACCAGGAUGUCAACUAUCAAUAUAAAUCAUUCACUAACAAGUCGUAUAGGAAGCUAUAUGCCAUGCAUGCAUUGAACCACAUAUACAAGACCAGAGAUAGAAUUAUCAAAAACACAGCUAAAUUGCACCACGCAUCAGAAGCCAACCAAGAUUUAGAAUUGAGAGACCAAGGCUUUACUCGACCAAAAGUAUUGAUUCUUUUACCAUCAAGAGAAGCGUGCCACACAUUAGUUGAAUUGUUGAUCAAACUAUCAGGCACAACACAACAGGAAAAUAAAAAGAGGUUCACGGCUCAAUUCCACGCAAAAGAUGUAGCAAGAAGCAACAAACCGCAGGACUUUCAGGAUGCAUUGAAGGGAAACAACAAUGAUUAUUUUUGCAUUGGGUUGAAAUUAACUCGUAAGUCGUUGAAGUUGUAUUCGUCGUUCUACUCCUCAGACAUCAUAAUUGCAUCUCCGCUUGGAUUGUCAAUGAUUUUGGAGAACCCAGAUAAAAAGAAACGUCAGUAUGACUUUAUCUCUUCGAUUGAAGUGCUUAUUGUCGAUAGAGCUAACCAAAUUGAGAUGCAAAACUGGGACCACGUAAACACAAUUAUGAAAUACAUAAACAAAGUUCCAAAAGAUUUCCACGAUGCUGAUUUUAGCAGGAUUAGAAUGUGGAGCAUAAAUGAUCAGGCCAAGUUAUUGAGGCAAACGUUGGUGUUUUGUGAGUACUUGACUCCGUCAAUUAAUAACCUUGUUUCGUCAAAGUCUUAUAACCUACUGGGUAAAAUCAAAUUCAAGCCAAUCACCACGUCAGACAACAGUAUCAUGAACUCCAUUGGUGUUAAGAUUAAGCAAAUUUUCCAAAGAUUUCCUAGCGAGUCGCCAACAAAUGAUCCUGAUGCAAGGUUCAAGUUUUUCAUCAAUUCAAUACUCCCCAAUUUGUUAAAGACGACAUCUUACGAUGAUGGUAUUAUGAUCUACAUCCCAUCCUACUUUGAUUACCUCCGUAUUAAGGAUUAUUUCAAAACAUCCACCAAGUUCAACUUUGGCGCCAUUGACGAAUACAGUUCCCAGUCCAAAUUGACGAGAACACGACAUGAAUUCGCCACUGGCAAAAUCAAAAUCAUGUUGUAUACAGAGAGAUUACAUUAUUUCAGAAGAUAUGAAAUCAGUGGAGUCAAAAAUAUAAUCAUGUAUGCACCACCAACAAAUCCUAUAUUUUAUAAAGAAUUGAUUCGUUUUAUUGCUAAAUCGGUAUUUAAAGAUGAAUGUGAUUUGAAUUUGGUAACAGUUAAGAUCCUUUACUCAAAGUGGGAUGCAACCGCGUUGGAUAGAAUUGUGGGUAAUGAACGUGCACCAAUUCUUUGUCAUUCAAGAAAUGAAAUGUAUGAAUUUAGAUAG